UCUCUGUUUUUGUCUGGAUUUUCAUCCAAAACAUAACUUGUGCUGAAGUUCACUGGGACAGACCUCCACGAUCAGUCUUUCUGAUUUAGAUCUAUCAAGCAUUUCGGGUGUUAGUGCUUCUGGGUCUAGCUUCUCCGCUGCCCCUGAACAUGGAUCUUCACUUUGACGGAAGUCAAGAUUUUAUAAACGGUUAUAAACUUGAUGAUGGCGCCGCCAGCUCCGAUUCAAACGAUUUACCAUAUCCAGCGAGCGAGUGGGAACUCGACGAAAACUAUCGGAUACUUCUCAACUUCACAACCGAUCCACUGUAUCAACCUUAUGCGUCUCCAGUAAGUUAUGCUCCGCAAUCUAGCGUGAAAUAUGAAGGAUCAGAGCGGUUAGUUUCAUCCUCGACUACAGGACCAGUAGAAGGCAUGUCAGAUGUGGCAGCUGCGUCGACGACUUCGUCCCCAGAUCCUUCUCUGGAAGACGCUGACUUUUCAGAAACUAUGAGGUACAUAAGCCAAAUGCUUAUGGAAGAGAACUUUGAACAGAAGCCAAGCAUGUUUUAUGAUCCCUUGAGUCUACAAGUCACGGAGAAAUCAUUCUAUGAUGCUCUCAGAAAGGAUCAUCCUCCUUCCCCCAAUCAGCAUCCCCUAGACAUUCAUCAGAAUCUUGAUAGCACAGAUGAUAACUGUUGUGCUAGUAGUAAUGAUUUUGUCAAUAACAGUAGCAGCAGCAACAAGUCUCAGGAGGCUAAUAAGCCCUCUUCCUCCUAUGCUUCAUUUUCUGGAGAUUAUGCGUCCCACUUAAAUUUUCAACCCAUCUCUGAGAAACCAUCUCAACCUCCGAGUGCUUAUACUUGUAUCAGCGACGGGCUGUCAGAGGUGGAUUCCUCUUUUACUAAGGUCAUGGCUCAAAAUAUCUUUACUGAUGCAGAAUCCGUUUCACAAUUUAAAAGGGGGUUGGAAGAAGCUAGCAAGUUUCUUCCCAGAGGACUUCAACUUGUCACAGGUCUGGAGAGCAGCAACGUGCUUCCAGAGUCCAUGGGAGCGGCUAAAAAGGCAAUAAGAGAUAUUCGGGAGAAUUCACAUGGAAUGAAGGGUAGGAAGAAUCAUGAACGUGAAGCUAGUGAUACAGAAGAAGGGAGAAGUAACAAGCAGUCGGCAGUGUAUGCCGACGAGAGUGAUAUAUCAGAUAUGUUUGAUAAGGUGUUGCUUAGUGUUGAGAAUGUUCCGAUAUGUGAGGAGCACCACAGAUGGUUGCAGAAUGGAACAGACAAGGCGAAAGAGCCAAUUGAGCAGCUAAAUUCAUCCAACGGGGCGAAGACCCGCGGUAGGAGACAAGGCAGGAAGAAGGAAACCGUGGAUUUAAGGACUCUUAUGGCUCUAUGCGCGCAAGCUGUGUCUGCAAAUGACUGCAGAACUGCCAAUGAACUACUAAAGCAGAUUAGGCAGCAUUCUUCCCCACUAGGUGAUGCAUCACAGAGGCUGGCUCAUUACUUUGCCAAUGGCCUUGAGGCACGCUUGUCUGGCGGUGGUACUGGAACCAAAAUAUUCUAUGCCUCUCUAAGCUCUAAGAGGAUAUCUUCUGCUAAUAUCUUGAGAGCUUACUCGGUUCUAAUAUCUGUCUGCCCCUUCAGGAAGUUUGCAUAUUUUUUCGCAAAUAAGAUGAUUAUGAAAGCAGCUGAAAAGGCAGAAAGUCUUCAUAUUGUCGAUUUUGGCAUUCAAUAUGGUUUCCAGUGGCCAAUACUUAUCAAGUUUCUUUCGCAAAGGGCUGGUGGGCCUCCGAAACUACGCAUCACAGGGAUAGAAUUGCCCCAGGCUGGGUUUCGUCCAGCAGAAUUAAUUGAGGAGACCGGUCGACGUCUAUCCAAUUAUUGCAAGCGUUUUAAUGUUCCGUUUGAAUACACAGCCAUAGCAUCACAAAACUGGGAGACCAUCCCGUUAAAGGACUUUAAGAUUGAGAGCAACGAACUGCUUGCUGUGAACUGUUUGAUGAGAUUUAAAAAUUUACUGGACGAGACGAUUGAAGUAAAAAGUCCUAGAGAUGCAGUUUUGAAUUUGAUCAGAAAGAUGAAUCCUGAUAUUUUUGUUCAAUCCAUUGUCAAUGGAUCCUACAAUGCCCCUUUCUUUGCCACACGGUUCAAAGAGGCACUGUUCCAUUUUUCUGCAAUGUAUGAUAUGUUUGACACCGUCAUACCUCGUGACAAUGAAUGGAGGCUGAUGCUUGAGAGUGAGUUUUUGGGUCGGGAGGUUAUGAAUGUGGUUGCUUGUGAAGGGAUCGAGAGGGUUGAGAGGCCUGAGACAUACAAGCACUGGCAAGUUAGGGGUACAAGGGCUGGUUUCAGGCAGUUCCCACUGCCAGAUGAGAUUAUGGUCAAAUUCAGCGAAAAGUUGAAGGCAUGGUAUCACAGGGAUUUUGUAAUUGAUGAACACAACAACUGGAUGAUUCAGGGCUGGAAGGGCCGCAUCAUUUAUGCUUCCACAUGUUGGGGGCCAUCAUAAUGAUGAGAUGUUGACGAAGUCUGGGCUUUUUCCCGCAGACGACUCAUUCUGGACUUUUAGGUCAUGAUAACUCAGGUGUUCCCAAUUUACUUAUCCCACAGCAGCUGUGAUGCACUCUCUUCCCAACUUCUGACCAACGUCGCUUCAUCUUCUAGAUGUCCUAAAGACUCGCCGAUUUUUUAUUUAUUUGUUUUUUCCACACAAUUUAGGGGGGGGGGGGGGGGAACGCCUUUUGGUGGUGAGUGGUGACUUUCCUGUGAGAUGGAGACUUUGGAGCGUAAAGCAAAUCGGAGAGCAUGUGAAAUCGUCUCUGAGGUCUCUGCUCUCUGACUGACACGUACCAUGAGAUCAUCAAUCAGACCAGAAGCAAUGUUGUUAUAUGUAUAUAUUGCGGGUUGCUUCGAAGAAAGGAGGGAAGGAAG